AUGCGUAGAGCUGCUGGCGAGGGCCACGUGCUGUCUGGCGACAAGGUGACCUUGGAAGCUGGAGGGAAGUUCUUGGCAGUGGUGGAGAAUUUCGUGGUAGCCGUCGAUGAGGAGUCACCUUUCACGACUUUUCUUCUGGAGGUCAAGGAGCAACCAGCUCCCAUGAGGAUCGGCUUCACUGGAUCCCUUGUUGAUGGUUUUCAUGACGUCGAGUGGUUCGGUAGAGGUCCUCAUGAGUCUUAUCUGGAUCGCCACGCCUCUGCGCGUGUGGGCCUCUUCCAGGGCUCCAUCGCCGAGCAGACUGUGAAGUAUGUUCGGCCCCAAGAGAACGGCAACAAGUUCGAGACCAGAUGGAUGUCGUUGAAACGACGACCUGCAGACCCCUGCACCAUGAUGCUCAUUUCAGCGGCGGGCCAAAGCCAGAUGCUGGAGAUGCAGUGCCAUCACUUUGCGCUGGAGGAUUUCGAUGGAGGCGAUGUGAAGGCUCAGCAGAGCUUCCUGCAUGCCGGGGAGCUUAUCGAGCAGCCCACCACGGCCUUCUGCGUCGAUGCGAUCCAGAUGGGGGUGGGUGGGAUCGAUUCCUGGGGGCGAAAGCCUUUGGACGAGCACCUGAUCAAGCCGGAUCAAGACUGUGAUUGGUCCUUCCAGUUGAUGCCAUGCAAAGAAGACUUCGAUAGCGACUGGCGCCGGAGGCUGCUCUAA